AGUAGGCUUCUGGCACACUGACACUUUCCCCACUGCAGAACAACUCGAACAUCGGACCACAACAACAACAUGAGUAGAUUUAAUAAACCGGACUGUAAACUCGCGAUCUGGAGCCGUUAAUCAAGAUGGACUUUUGGUUUUUCACUUUGGCUAUUUGUUUGGCCACCUCUAGAACUGGAGCACAGUCAACCACAACAACACCAUCAGCGUCAAAUGUCACUAACGUAACCAGCACCACUGUGUUCCCUGUUUCUGCCCUUACCACUACUGCUGCUCCUCCUACUGCUCCCCCUACCAACACUACCACUACUGCUACUCCUCCUACUGCUCCCCCAACCAACACUACCACUACUGCUACUCCUCCUACUGCUCCCCCUACCAACACUACCACUACUGCUGCUCCUCCUACUGCUCCUCCUUCUACCAACCCUACCACUACUGCCAUCCCUAAUCCUACUGCUCCUCCUACUGCUCCUCCUCCUACUACUGGUGCUCCUCCUACGACUCCUCGUCCUACUAACACUACUACCCCUGCUCCUCCUACGACUCCUCUUCCUACCAACACUACUACCCCUGCUCCUCCUACGACUCCUUCUCCUACUAACACUACUACUGCUGCUCCUCUUCCGACUCCUCCUCCUACUAACACUUCUACCCCUGCUCCUCCUACUAACACUACUACUGCUGCUCCUCCUACAACUCCUCCUCCUACUAACACUACUACCCCUGCUCCUCCUACGACUCCUACUAUGACUCCUCCUCCUACUAACACUACUACCCCUGCUCCUGCUACGACUCUUCCUCCUACCAACACUACUACUCCUGCUCCUCCUACUAACACUACUACCCCUGUUUCUCCUACGACUCCUCCUCCUACCAACACUACUACCCCUGCUCCUCCUACUACAACUACUAUUCCACCUCCUACUACUUCCUCUACUCCUCCUCCUCUGGUUUGUGACAAUGGUGGGAUAUCACUGAAUGGUGUCUGUAUCUGUCCUGAUGAGUGGACCGGAGAGACAUGCUCACAAAAGAAUUUCUGUCGAGAACGAGAGUUGAAUGGAUUCAAAUUCUCAAGCACACCCAUCGGCUGGUUCGCAUAUUCUCAGCAAAUCUGUGAUCCAGGAACGAGUGCUGCUGGGAAGCCACAGGCUUCGACCAGAUGUUCCACCAAGAACAGACUGCCGAGUUUCGAGGAUCCACCAAAGAUCCUUCAGUGUGACCAGUCGCUCAGCGACAUACAACAAAAUCUUACCAGCCCAGCUGAUUUAGAGUCGCUGGCAACCAGCACUCAAAUUCUGACCUCCAAACCCGAAGAGCUGACGGCCGAAAACAUCACAGCAGCAGCUCAGAUCGCCAACACACUGCUGCUGUCUCCGAACGCCACAGAGAGCGUCAGGGUGGCAGCGGUAGCUACAGUCAGCCAGCUGCUGAACGCCAGCACUCCAGACGACAGCAAGGAAAACAACGCUACUCUGGGCCUCACGAUGACCCUGGACCAGCUCGCUGUGAACCUGAGCCUCAGUCUCAACACAUCUCAGUCUCAAGUGGUCCAACCAAACCUGGUGGUGCAGUCGACACAAAUCCCUGCUGCAGGCACUCAGGGAGUCCAGUUCACGUCUCUGACAGGGGUGUCUGGGAGUUUCGUUGCUGACCGAAUUCAGCUGAACACCAACACGUCAACAGUUGUGGUGGAAAACGGGUUUAUAGCCGACGCCCUGAUAUACGUUCAAUUCCCACCAGAAGCUGUCAGUGGUCGUCAGAAGCCAUCAAACGUCUUGCUGGGUUUCGUCCUCUACCAGAAUGACCGUUUCUUCAGGUCGAGACGCUACAAACGGCAACGGGCCGCCAUCAGGGUCUUGUCAGCCAGCGUCAAAGGUCAGGAGCGCAGCGUGGUGCCGCAACACGUGGAGAUGCUGUUCAGACCAACUAUUGGCAAUGGUACGUCUCUGUACGAUUUUGCCUGUGUUUUCUGGGACUACAGUCUGGAGGACUGGAGCACUGACGGCUGCUCUAAAGGAAACGCUUCAGACGGACUCCUGAGAUGUUUCUGCAACCACACCACCAACUUCGCUGCUCUCUGGUCAUUCAGAGAGAAUUAUGAGUAUGCAGAGGCCCUGGACGCCAUUUCCAUUGUGGGACUUUCGUUCUCUAUCCUAGGUUUGGUUGUAACGAUCAUUCACCACGUUAAAGAGAACUUUCACAGAAACUCUCGCGAGCGACAGAACAACAAGAACUCAAAGACAGCUCUGCUGUGUAUCUACGUCAGCCUGCUGGCCUUCAUCAUCACCUUCCUCUCCGGGGUCGGAAACUCAAGCAGACAGAAUGACGCUCAGACCAACAACAAAAACAACACCAUUCCGGAGUCUGACGAGCACGUGGAGACAGAUGCAGGCUCGUGCACGGUGGUGGCGGCUCUGCUGCACUUCUUCCUGUUAGCUACCUUCACGUGGAACGCCGUAUAUGGCACUCAGCUGGUGCUGCUGGUCCGGACCGUGCGUCGUGGUCUUCCUCCAUACUGGAGUAAACUCAGCCUCGCUGUGGGAUGGGGAGUCCCGGCCAUUGUUGUGGCGAUCACACUGGGAGCCACUUACCGGGUGGACAACCCUCUGGGAUACAGACAGGAGGAAUUUUGCUGGCUUGCAGCUCUGGAUAAGGACAAACAGUUUCACUUUGGGAAACCGAUGUUUGGGGGUUUCCUCCUUCCGGUCGGUCUGAUCCUGAUGUACAACAUUGUUCUGUUGGUUCUGGCCUCUCUGACGACAUGCAGGACUGACCCAACCCUAAGGAGCACCCGUCAGUCGUCUUUGACCAGGAAGUUCCUCGUCAGUUUUUCUCUGGCGGUGUUACUGGGUCUGUCAUGGACUCUGGGAUACCUGGUGCUCGUCACAAGAGGACAUGCCCACCUGGUCUUCAGCAUUGUCUUCUGCCUCUGUACAACCACACAGGGGUUUCAGAUAUUCAUCCUCUUUACGGCCAGAACGCCGACCUUCAGGGCCGCUGUGUCACGGUCUGUCCGGUACAUCUCGUCCAUCUCUAUUAAUAUCAGCAGCAGAACGUACAGUCUGACGAAGAACUCGGGGAGGACAGACAGCUCCGAGUCCUACAGAGCUUGGAACGACCCUGCAGAUACUCAAACCUUUGAAAUGAAAAGACAAUGAGGGUGGACUUUGGUGGAAAUUAGAAAAUGGUUUAUUUUAGAAAUGUAAGAAAUCUUUUAUGUUAAAAUGGACCGUGGAGGAUGAGCCCAUUCUCUGGAAAACAACUCACCCAAAAUAGAUCCUAGGAUCAGAUAAGAUAAAAGCUGAUGUUUUAACAGUCAGGGAUCAAAUCUAUUCUUUUAACCAUAAACUGGCCAUAAACUGGCACCAGCUUGGCCAGUUUAUGCUGUUGUUUCAUCAGUAGGGGCGGAUUAUUCUGCACAUACUCAGUGUGCUCUUUUAGAAAACUCACUGGAGACAAUGAGCCACUGGAGGGCGCCAAACUCCAGACAAAGAACUGCAUGCAGCAGUUUACAGACACACAGAGCUGGUGCAAAGAAAUUAAGUACAUUUAUUCUCUCAU